UACAAAGCCUCGCUCCUGUUGUCGUCCUCCCCCCCACCCUCCCCUCCCCCCCUCUCCGCUCUCCCCUGCUCCCUCCAUUCCUGCUGCUUCUUCUUCUUCUUCUUCCGCUUCCUCUUCUUCUUCUGCUGCUGCUGCUGCUGGCCUUGUUCCCUCCUCCGUCGAUCGCAUCGCAUCGCCUAGCCUCGCUACGCCUCAGUGAAGGCAGGGAGAUACUUCCAGCGGUGUAAAGAUGGCGCUGGAGGUAACACAGAUACUUUUAAACGCUCAGUCUCCUGAUGGAACGGUCAGGAAGAUUGCCGAGGAUAACCUUAAGCAGUAUCAAGAGCAGAAUCUCUCUGCCUUUUUGGUAUCUCUAUCUCAUGAACUUGCCAAUGAUGAUAAGCCGCCUGAGAGUCGAAGGCUGGCUGGUUUGAUCCUCAAAAACUCGCUGGAUGCUAAGGAAAGUUCUCGGAAGCACGAACUCGUGACAAGAUGGGUGGCCUUAGACUCUACUGUGAAGGCUCAAAUCAAGCCUGCUCUUUCUCAAACUCUCUCCUCCAUGGUGGCGGAUGCUCGUCACACAGCUGCGCAAGUUAUCGCUAAGAUUGCUGCUAUUGAACUGCCUCAGGGCGAUUGGCCUGAGCUUGUGGGGUCACUUUUGGCCAACAUGGGGGGCCCUCAAGUAGAGCAACCCUCACAUCUGAAACAGGCAACACUAGAAGCUCUUGGCUAUGUCUGCGAGGAGGUUUCUGCGGAGAUCCUUGCUCAAGAGCAGGUGAAUUCUAUCCUGACUGCUGUGGUCCAGGGAAUGAACUCAUCCGAGACGAGUAACGACGUCCGACUUGCAGCCACUCACGCUCUGUACAAUGCUCUUGACUUCGCGCAAACGAAUUUCGAGAACGACAUGGAACGUGACUACAUCAUGAGGAUGGUUUGUGAGGCCACGCUCUCACCUGAUGUUCGAGUUCGUCAGGCCGCAUUUGAAUGUUUAGUAUCCAUUGGAUCUACGUACUAUGACAAGCUCGCACCGUACAUACAAGACAUUUUCGCCAUCACUUCUAAGGCAGUCAAGGAAGAUGAGGAGCCGGUUGCACUUCAAGCCAUCGAGUUUUGGAGCUCUAUUUGUGACGAAGAAAUUGAGAUUCAGGAAGAUUACAAUGUUGAUUUUUCUGGUGACUCGGAGGUGCCGUAUUUCCAGUUCAUCAAACAGGCAUUGCCUGCUUUAGUCCCUAUGUUGUUAGAAACUCUUACAAAACAAGAAGAGGACCAGGAUUUGGAUGAAGGGGCGUGGAACUUGUCCAUGGCCGGUGGGACGUGUCUGGGUCUGGUCGCUCGUGCCGUCGGGGACGAUAUUGUGCCUCUGGUCAUGCCCUUUGUAGAACAAAAUGUCUCAAAUCCAUUGGAUUGGAGAUGUCGUGAGGCGGCCACAUACGCUUUUGGUUCCAUUCUUGAGGGUCCUUCUUUGGACAAGCUGACUCCUCUUGUAAAUCUUGCGCUCAACUUCAUGUUGAGUGCAAUGAAAGAUGUAAAUAAUCACGUCAAGGAUACUACAGCAUGGACGUUGGGAAGGAUCUUUGAGUUCCUUCAUGGACCUUCGCUUGAGCCUCCAGUUAUCACCCCAACCAAUCUGCCCUUGAUCAUUGCUGUGCUUCUCGAGAGCAUCAAUGAUACACCUAACGUGGCUGAGAAGGUUUGUGGAGCAAUUUAUUUCCUGGCACAGGGUUAUGAGGACGGUGGGCAGUCAUCCACUCCUCUUUCUCCUUACUUCCCGAAAAUCCUGGAAGCUUUGUUGGCUGCGACGGCGAGAGAGGACAGCGUAGACUCUCGGCUUCGAACUUGUGCAUAUGAGACUCUAAACGAAGUUGUGAGAAUAUCAACGGAUGACACUGCCCCAAUCGUUGUGCAGUUAGUGCCUGUGAUUAUGGAGAAACUCAAUCAAACUUUGGAAAUGGCCGUGCUUUCUUCUGACGAUCGGGAGAAGCAGAUUGAACUGCAGGCUCUUCUCUGUGGUGUUCUCCAGGUCAUCAUUCAAAAGUUGGGUGCAUCUGAGCUCACAAAGUACGGCGUCGUACAGUUUGCCGAUCAGAUGAUGGGUCUGUUCCUCCGCGUCUUUGCUUGCCGAAGUGCCACAGUCCACGAGGAAGCUAUGCUUGCAAUCGGAGCUUUGGCAUAUGCAACGGGUGCUGAAUUCGGAAAAUACAUGAGCGAAUUUUACCGGUACUUGGAAAUGGGUCUUCAAAACUUUGAAGAAUAUCAGGUGUGUGCUGUUACAGUUGGUGUGGUCGGGGAUAUCUGUCGCGCCUUGGACGAGAAGGUGCUCCCCUACUGUGAUGGAAUUAUGACCCAGCUUCUGAAGGACUUAUCAAGCAAUCAGUUGCAUCGCUCAGUGAAGCCACCCAUUUUCUCAUGCUUCGGGGAUAUCGCCCUGGCUAUCGGGGAGCACUUUGAGAAAUAUUUGAUUUACGCAAUGCCCAUGCUCCAAGGAGCUGCAGAGCUUUCUGCCCAACCUACAGCUGGUGAUGAUGAAAUGACCGAUUACAGUAACCAGCUACGCAGUGGUAUUUUGGAGGCAUACUCCGGUAUUUUCCAAGGUUUCAAGUCAAACAAGGCGGACUUGAUGGCACCUUAUGCUGCGCAUAUUCUGCAAUUUAUUGAGAACGUUUAUCAGGACAAAGACAGGGAUGAUGUGGUGACGAAGGCUGCAAUUGGAGUUAUGGGUGAUUUGGCUGAUACGCUUGGAGCCAAUGCUGCGGCUUUGUUUCAAUGUACAGUAUUCUAUAAAGACUUCCUUGAUGAAUGCAUUUCUUCAGAUGACCAGCAGCUGAAAGAGACAGCUGAGUGGGCUCAGGGCACAAUCACACGCAUUCUAUCUGGUUGAUAGGAAUGUUUCGGAUUGGAGGUCGAAUACAUCCCAGUUGUUCCAUAUGUGAUUGAUUGAGAAUUGUUGCACACAUUUAGGAGAUAGUGGAGGCAUUUUGCGCGGUAGUCGAUGAUAGUAUAUUUGCGGGGGUUUCAAUGUGUUAACGAACACAGACUCGGACUCUACGGGGUGGUUCGCGUCGUUUGAAUCUCUUUUGGCCUGGGUACCUGUGCUCGUUUCGGAGAGGAUAUCCUUCAUUGAAGCUAAUGUUUAGAAUGAAGAGGAGCUACCUUGUUCAAGUAUCUAGUCUGGACAAUGUCCAGCCAAAGUAGAAAUCUUUGAUUCUCAGUUGUAGCACAGGUGGAGGCAGGAGCAGUUCAUUUGACUGUCUCCUUGAGGUUUGAUUUGGAAUUCAUCGCAUUGCUAAUGCUAAGCAUGUUCUGUACACGUAAAUGCUUCUAGUGUUCGGGAUGAACUUAUUAGCAUAUUUGUGACAUCCGAGACUUCCUGGGACUUAACGUGGAAUAUUUUGUAGCUAGGAACAGAUGUCAUAUAAGCUGUACCUCUGAACAGGAAUAGGUUCAAAGGAUAUGUGGCAGUUGUUUUUGUUCAUACUGCGUCUUGCGUUUCAAGUAAAACCGAAGGUUUAUUUAUUUA